AGGCAAAGGCCCGUUGAAAAAUACAUCUGAUGUCAUUAAUGCCGCCAAGAAAAUUGCCGAAGCAGGUUCUCGGAUGGACAAAUUAGCCCGUGCUGUGGCUGAUCAGUGUCCUGACUCAGCGUGUAAGCAGGAUUUAUUAGCCUACCUUCAGCGAAUUGCCUUGUAUUGUCAUCAGCUUAAUAUCUGCAGCAAGGUAAAGGCAGAAGUACAGAACCUGGGAGGAGAGCUCAUUGUGUCAGGGACAGGAGUUCAGAGCACUUUCACUACCUUUUAUGAGGUAGAUUGUGAUGUCAUAGAUGGGGGCAGGGCUAGUCAACUUUCUACCCACCUCCCAACCUGUGCUGAGGGAGCUCCGAUCGGGAGUGGAAGCAGUGAUUCCUCCAUGCUGGACAGUGCUACAUCACUCAUCCAGGCAGCUAAAAACCUGAUGAAUGCUGUGGUCCUUACGGUAAAAGCAUCCUAUGUGGCCUCAACCAAAUACCAGAAGGUCUAUGGGACGGCAGCAGUCAAUUCACCUGUUGUGUCUUGGAAGAUGAAGGCUCCAGAGAAGAAGCCACUUGUAAAGAGAGAAAAGCCAGAAGAAUUCCAGACGCGAGUUCGACGUGGUUCUCAGAAGAAACACAUUUCGCCUGUACAGGCUUUAAGUGAAUUCAAAGCAAUGGAUUCCUUCUAAGACGAUAGGCUUUAACAAGAAAGCUUUUUCUUUCUUUUUUUUUUCUUUCCUUUUUUUUUUUUUUAAUUCCAUUUUUGUAUGCAUUCCUGCCAACUCGUAUGCCUCUGGCAUGGGGAAAUUAAGGGAGCAAAGUCUGUUUGCAUGUAAGAUGAGAUGCGAUCAAUACUGCUGAUCCAUCUAAAGUCUGGAGAGGGGACAGGGAAAUCCUGUCCUGAGGUGGCACAGAGCUGUCCUUUGCAACAUUCUCAUUAAAUUUGGUGAAGAGUUCACAUUGCAAUGUUUACGGGAGUGGGAGGGAUGGGGAAAAUAAAUUUAACUUUACAAAAGCAAAUUCUAAUGCAUGCAAGAAUCAUUAGGUUGGCAGGUAUAUUAAGUGAAAAAUCUGGAAGUGUAAUGAUAGAACAUAAAGCUUGUAUUGCUUCUGUUUCGGUGCAAAAAUGUGCUAGCCAAUACGCUUAAGUGUGUGGCCCACAAAUUGAACAAUUUAACUUUGAAGUCAUAUCCAUGAUAUGUGGAUUAUUUUUACUAAGGGGAAACUAAUUCAUCCAGCUUAAAAUGCUUCUUUUAAUCUGUGUUCUGUUCUUUCUCUUCUAGUAAUGUCAUUACUAGUGCUCAUGUUAUCAAUUUUUCCCCUUUACUGAAAAACAAUAAACAUUUAUUUGAGACAAUUAUAAUCCUUCUGGGGGCACUGGAAGCACAAUAUAGUGAUCCAUUUUGCUUUUACUUUUUUUUUUAAUUUGAACUAUGAUUUUGCUAGAAAUAGGAGGCCCAGUGGUGAGUUGUUAGAGGAAUGGAAACUGACAAUGUGUGAAGGUUUAGAGGCAAAUACAUAGGUAUAGCUUGGAGUGCUGGUAUCUAAUAUGCCAUUGUAUCCACUAACUCGAAAUAAACACAUUUAAUCUUGACCUCUGAAGAAUCUUUUCUUUCUUUAAAUGCAUACUUAAUAAAAGAUCAGAGCAUCUUCUCGAAAA